CUCCGGCCCUCCGACAGGCGACAGACCGACCGGCCGCGGCCACCCGUGCCCAAAGCCUAGCCAAUAGACGCCCCUUAAUCCGAGAUCCGACGGCCCAGAUCUCUCCUCCCCCCUUCUCCCCGUCCGUUCCCCAUCUUCCCGCUCUCUCCCCAUGUCGCCGCCGGCGGCUGGCGCGGCCGCCACCUCCGGCGACGGGCCGCCGUCGUCUCCGCGCGAGCUCUACACCAUCCCGGCCUCAUCCGGUUGGUUCCGGUGGGACGGGAUCCACGAGACGGAGCGCCGCGCGCUGCCGGAGUUCUUCGGCGGGGCCGGCGGCGCCGGGUUCGGGACGGCCACGCGGAACCCGCGGAUCUACCGCGAGUACCGCGACUUCAUCAUCGCCAAGUACCGGGAGGACCCGGCGCGCCGGCUCACCUUCACCGAGGUCCGCAGGGCGCUCGUCGGGGACGUCACGCUCCUCCGGAAGGUCUUCGCCUUCCUCGACGCCUCCGGCCUCAUCAACUUCUCGGCCUCCUCCUCGUCCUCGGGGCCCGCGUCGCGGCAGCAGGAGGUGGGGGUCGUCGUGGAGUCGCCCGUGGGGCUGCAGGUGACGCCGCGCCCGCCGGCGUCCUACUUCGCCGAGGAGAAGCGGGGAGGGGCGGGCGGGGAGAAGGAGAACGGGUUCCGCUUGCCCCCGCUGACCUCCUACAGCGAUGUGUUUGGCGAAUGGGCGCCUGGGAAGGCCCCUAUAUGUGGGUUUUGCGGCGAGGAGUGCAAUGAUGAGAAGGUUGAGACGUUGAAGGCUGGUUUUAAAGUAUGUUCAAAGUGUUCCAAAAGCAAUAAUGAUAACAAGGAAGAAGCGAAUAAAUGUCCUGGUGACAAAAAGGAGAGCGUGGACAACCAUGCUUCUAGUCCAUGGACAGACGCAGAGACGUUACUCCUAUUAGAAGGAGUCCUAAAACAUGGAGAUGACUGGGAUCUUAUCGCCCAGCAUGUACGCACAAAGAAUAAAUCAGAAUGCAUAGCAAGGCUUAUUCAGUUGCCUUUUGGUGAACAUAUGCUGGGCACAAUAAAUGGUAAAUCUGUUAGCCGGCUCCACAUGAACCAGGCAACUGAUGGAAAAAUGAACCAGCACCUUAUGAAUGACUCUUCAAGCAAUUCAACUGAAAAGGUUGAUGGCAUGCGUAUUGAUGGAAAUGAAGAUAGUGCUGAUAAAUCAGUAGAAGAACAUCCUACAAAACGCAGACGGUUGUUUUCUUCAAUGGAUGCUACCACUUCAUUAAUGGAGCAGUUAGCACUCCUGACCACAUCAACGAGCCCAGAUGUUGUUGCUGCAGCUGCUGAUGCUGCAAUUAAAGCUUUGGGCGAUGAAAAUCCCCAAGCAAGGAAAGCCUUUCGCCUUAGUGAACGAGAAUUUAAGACUAAGGCAUUCGCUUCAAACCAUGUCCAACAGAUCGAUCGCAAAGUUGGCAAUAAGGAUGUGGAAAUGCAUGGCCAGACUGGUUCUGAUAAGCAGCAGGAAAAGAAGUUCGUUGCUAGUGCAUAUCAAGUGAGGGCAUCUGUUGCUACCGCUAUUGGUGUAGCUGCUGCCUGUGCUAAAAUGCUUGCGGACCAGGAGGAGCGAGAAAUGGAGCUCCUAAUGGCGUCGAUAAUUGAAACUCAGACGGGGCACGAGCUGCCGGAGCGGGAGAAGGAGUCCUACGCGCGGUCCCGCGCCUGCCGUCUCGCGCUCAUCGACCACGCCGUCGCGCGCAAGAAGCCGCCGCUCAACGCCUUCAAGCCCCACCCCGAGCACAAGUCGAAGCUGGUAUGCAACAUUACAGGGGAUACAGUUAACAAGUCGGAGGAGCACAUAUGGAAGCACAUCAACGGGAAGAGAUUUCUUAACAAGCUAGAAAAGCUAGAAGAACAGAUGUCUUCUGGUGAGAUGGCUAAUGGAGAAGCUGCUAAGUCAAAUGAAAUGGAAAAGAAGAGCAAGUCAAGCAAGAAGGACAAGAAAGGCAAGAAGAAAUCUAAUGGUGCCAGUCCUUCUGUGCCACGAGAACCUAAACCAGAGAUGGAUGAUUCGGAUGAUCCCGAUUUUUGGGUGCCUCCUGUCGGAAGUCGCUGGGAUGAUGAUGACGGGAAAGACAGAUGGAAGUCCUCACUGGGGAAGAAUGACUCAGCAAAGAACAAAGGUGGUUCUGAUGAUGAUGACGGUGGUGAUAAUGACGAUGGCAACGAUGAUGACAUAGCUGACAAGGAUGAUGCUGAAUCAAGGGAACUUGCUUCGAGGACAAAGCGAAUGUCACUAGAAGCAGUUGGGCCAAGUAGCUUCGCCUCAAGGAAGAAAAAACCCAAGAAGGAGCAGUAAGAGUUGAUUGGCGAUUUAUCUAUUGGGUUUCCUGGGUUGGGUAAUCAAUGACUGUUUUUGUGUGUGCUAGCAUUUUUCGUUCAACGCUUGUCGGUUGAGAUAAUAUGUACGUAAGCUGCAAGAGAUCUUUGGAAAGCAUCCCGAAAAGGUGCUUUUUUACUGGUAGCAACUGACUGAGGGCCGAUGAAUGGUUGCCUUCGCAUUGCUAUGUGAGUUGCGCUUCAAUCAUCUAAAGGUUGGAAUGUGAAGGUGCUAAAUUAUUGCAUCUUGUAU